AUGGUUUUGACACGUGCAGGAAGGAAGCGCGAGCUCGGCCCACCCGCUCCCGGCGGUAGCAGCGCGCGAAUUUCAAAGAAAACAAAGAAGUCCAGCAUGGCGAAGACCUCGAAGAAGGCCUUCACUCUGCCGGCACUGCUCCCUGCACAGAAGAAGAAACCCAAGGGCCUACUCGAUAUACCGCCUGAGCUCCGCAACCGCAUCUACCACUUCGCCACUGAGCGCGACGAUUUCGAUGGCUGGGAGGAAGCUGUGCCGCUAGUCGAUCUGCACCGUGGACAUGGAUGUGGCCGAAGUCAAUGGCCCAUGUCAAAGGGCGCUUGCUAUCUUUCAGGACGUAGGUUCCUUGGCCUCACACAGACCUGCAAGCUCCUCCGCCUAGAAUACCGACCUAUCUGGUUGCGCAAUUCGAGCGUUCGCGUUCGAUGUCCCCAUCUUCUUCUCUACAUCCACACCUUCUAUGGCUGUGGGUCAAAGUACUCCAACUUGCCAAAGCUAGUGCAGAUCUCCUACAAUCAUGACAUACAGGAUCACAUCGACGUCACCCAGAUACUUCUCAUGCGCGCAGCUUGUCCUAAUACCAAAUUCGAAUUCGUUCCGCAUGAGCUCACGCUCGACGACGGGCCCUGGAAUCAACCAGGUGCAGAUGAGGACUGCGACCUUUGCGAAGAGGAGGUGAUGGCUGGAGAUAUGUUCAUGGAGGAAUUUGAGGACUAUGGCUGCCCCCACGACUAUUAUCGCCGGCACGGCUACGCCGAAUGGUUGCUCGAGGAAGAGUAUCCAUACCUGCCGUCGCUAAACAAGUUUCUUGCUCAUGACAACGGCAAUUGGGUUGAGGAUAUUCAGAGCGGAGAAGUGAUCCGCGUGAUGCUAGACGCGGCAGGACCUGAUCGCGAAAUUCCAGAGCUCACUAUUCGCCUCGCUUCCGACAGUGACACCGCCAACGAGGGGCUCAUAGACAAGAGCAUGCUAGAGGUUGCCAGAGACUAUGUCUCUAGCCGCAGUCUGAGAGACGCAAACACAGAAGCGGCUAGCUUGCAUUUCCAGCUACAGGUUUCCGGUUGCGCCUUAUAA